AUGGGCAGCGAAACCAGCAAGCCAUCGGACCGUCCCCCGGAGUCGAAACAAGUCAAGCCCAAACCCAUACCCGUCAGGAUACCGCAUCGCGGCUCAGAUGCCAAACGGCAGAGGGGCCCAGAUACACAGUUCGAACCAUCUGGUCCACCUCGUGAUCCGGACUUCAUUCCUCACUCCAACUUCGGCCUCCCCCCACGCUUGCCUCUGCCAAUAGGAGAGGAGCUCCACACACCAGGAUCCCCCAUCAUCGAUGCUCAAGGCUCGUCAGCCCUGCACGAAGACGAUGUAGGCGGCUUGCUUCCACGCCAGACCUCCACCGUUAGCAACACCACCCUUGAAGACGAUGAGUUGGGCAAUGAAUUGAGACAAUAUCCUUCAGAUGCUAGUAGAGGAACUGUUCUGACAACGUUGUAUUGGAAACAAAGUGGGCAAAAGGUCUACGUAACGGGGACGUUCACGAACUGGAGCCGUAAAUACCGCAUGAACAAGGAUCCGGUAACGGGGUAUCUAUCUGCACACCUCCAACUUCCACCAGGAACUCAUCAUGUCAAGUUCAUCGUUGAUGGAGACAUGCAGCUCUCUGACGAGCUACCGACCGCUGUAGAUUAUACCAACAUUCUUGUAAAUUAUCUCGAGGUCAGCGCAGAUGAUAUUCCGAAGCAGGACGAGAGGAGAGUUCCGGAUGGUGUUCACCCGCCUCAAGUCAUCCAUGAAGGUACCGAAGUACAAGACCAUGAGCCAGCAGCAGUGACUACGCAUUCGCUCAAUGAAAGCGAGCAGAAAGGCCCUGCUGUUCACUGGGGCCGUGAACUACCGCAUUAUCUGAAAGAUGUCGACAAGCCUGAGCACACGAAUCGAUAUCAACGAUCCGCCCAUGCCAUCAGCGAUUUUUCCACGCCUCCUGGUUUGCCUUUAUUCCUUGGAAAGUCUAUUCUUAAUGGAACGACCCCCAUGAAGGAUGAUAACAGUGUGCUGAACAUGCCAAAUCACACGGUACUAAAUCACCUCGCGACCAGCAGCAUCAAGAAUGAUGUACUUGCAACAAGCAUAACCACCCGUUAUAUGCGGAAGCCUACGGAAGACGAAGGGUGA